UUUGUUUUGAUCCGCAAUUUUGCAAAAAAUGUGUUCGGUAGAACAGAAACCUAUCUUCAGAGACCUAAGCGCAGACGACCCUGAGCCGGAAGUCACGGAGAUAGAGUCUUUCUGCGUUAAUUGUCACGCCAAUGGCAUAACUCGCCUUCUGCUAACACGCAUCCCGUACUACAAAAAUGUGGUGCUGAUGUCCUUCUCAUGCGAGAAGUGUGGCUUUGAGAACAAUGAGAUCCAACCAGGAGGUGCUUACGCAGAGAUGGGGGUCAGAUGGAAGCUGCGCGUGGAAGAACCGACGGAUCUGAACCGGCAAGUAGUGAAAAGCGACCACACAGCGGUGAGAAUACCAGAACUAGACUUCGAGGUGCCCGCAAUGAGCCAGAAGGGGGAAGUGACAACAGUGGAAGGCAUAGUGGCGCGCGCGAUCACUGGACUGUCGCAAGACCAGGAGGCACGCCGUGAACAGCACCCCGAGGCGGCUCGGCAGAUCGACCAGUUUAUAGCUAAAUUGCAUUUGCUACGCAUGCUGGAGUCGCCCUGGACCUUGGAGUUGGAGGAUAUCAGUGGCAACUGCUUCAUCGAGAACCCGUCCGCCCCCCGCCGCGACCCCCGCUGCACGCGCACCGACUUCGCGCGCACCGCGGAGCAGAACCACGCGCUCGGCAUCUUCUCGCACGACGAGGUGCAAGAAUAUCCCGCCCCUCCGCCUCCGACCUCUCUGGUGUCACCGUCCACUGCCGAGCAUAGUUUCGAGGCGAUGGUCUCCGACGAAGUGCUGCAGUUCCGCACCAAUUGCCCCGACUGCAACGCCCCUGCGGACACCAAUAUGAAGCUCACCAAAAUUCCUCAUUUCAAAGAAGUGGUGAUAAUGGCAACCAUCUGCGACGCUUGCGGGCACCGCACCAACGAGGUGAAAUCAGGUGGAGGCAUUGAGGACAAGGGCGUGCGGUACGAAGUGAGGGUCGCGGGGAAAGAAGACUUCUCCAGAGAUAUUCUCAAGUCGGAGACGUGCAGCAUGGAGAUCCCGGAGCUGCAGCUGCAGGUGGGCGGGCGCGCGCUGGGCGGCCGCUUCACCACGGCCGAGGGGCUGCUCGGGGCCACGGCCGCGCAGCUGGCCGACGCGCCGGGCGCCCUGGGGGACGCGCCCUCGCUCAGCAGAGACGGCAUGGCCCAGUUCAUCGCGAAGCUGAACGAGGUGCUGGAGUGCAAGCGCGCGGUGACCAUCGUUCUGGACGACCCCGCGGGGAACUCCUUCGUGCAGAGCUUCAGCGACGAUCCCGACCAGCCCGACGACGGUCUGAAGGUGACACGCUACGAGCGAUCGUUCGAGCAAAACGAAGAACUCGGACUCAACGACAUGAAAACGGAGAACUACGAACAGAGCUAGCGUCAAUAAUGACAUUAGUUAUCAUCAUCAUAUUAUACGUCCCACAGCUCGAUACGGUUCCCCUCCUGGUAGGGGGGGUCAAUGGUCUCUAAAAAGAGUGUUUAAGUAAUAGUUGAUAUGUUAGCCUUGACUUGACUUGUAGUCAGUGAUGUUGUUAUUUAAUACGUACUGGAUGACGUUUUUGUCACCAUCGAAAUUUUAACAUUACGGUCUUUGGUGAAGAAAUAAAAUAGUUUUUUAUUGUAUAUCAGGAUGUUUGACCAACAUGAUAUAUUCAAUUAUUUUUUGGGAAAUUGCUCUACUGGUUUGUUAUAAUUAUUAGAGAUAGAUAUUAUAGUUCUGCAACAAAUACAUGGAAAGUUUCGCGAGCCCCGUUGGUUUGUUCCGUGGCUUAGUUGGCAUAGCGUCUGACACGGUGUGCUGGGAGACGUUGGUUCGAAUCCAACUGGAUUGGAAUGAAUUUUUCGUAAAUGUUCGAUCUUUGUUUAAUAAUUAAAAUAAAAUAGGUGUAGUUUGCCUUUUAGUAUCGAUCAGUACUAAAAUAUUAAUAUUUAAAAAAAACCGAAGGUAAAAUAAAAUUUUAAAAAAACCGACUUCAAA